AUGGUACAGCUCCCCAUCCCCAGCUACAGCUCCAGCUACAGCUCCCCAGCUACAGCUCCCCAGCCCCAGCUACAGCUCCCCAGCCCCAGCUACAGCUCCCCAGCCUUAGCCCCAGCCACAGCUCCCCAGCCCCAGCUACAGCUCCCCAUCCCCAGCUACUCUACAACUCCCAAGCCCAAGUUACAGCUCCCCAGCCCCAGCUACAGCUCCACAGCUUUAGCCCCAGGUACAGCUCCCCAGCCCCAGCUACAGCUCACCAUGCCCAGCUACAGCUCCCCAGCUACAGCCCCAGCUACAGCCCCCAGCCCCAGCUACAGCUCCCCCGCCCCAGCUACAGCUCCCCAGCCCCAGCUACAGCUCCCCAGCCCCAGCUACAGCUCCUCAGCCCCAGCUACAGCUCCCCAGCCCCAUUCCCAGCUACAGCUCCCCAGCCCCAGCUACAGCUCACCAUGCCCCCCAGCUACAGCUCCCCAGCUACAGCCCCAGCUAGCCCCAGCUCCCCAGCCCCAUUCCCACCCCCAGCUCCCCAGCCCCACUCCCCAGCCCCAGCUACAGCUCAGCUCCCCAGCAGCCCCAGCUACAGCUCCCCAGCCCCAUUCCCAGCUACAGGUCCCCAGCCCCACAGCUCCCCAGCCCCCCCAGCUACAGGUCCCCAGCCUACAGCCCCAGCCCCAGCUACAGGUCCCCAGCCCAAGCCCCAGCCCCAGCUCAGCCAUGCCCAAGCUACAGCUCACCAUGCCCAGCUACAGCUCCCCAGCUACAGCCCCAGCUACAGCCCCCAGCCCCAGCUACAGCUCCCCCGCCCCAGCUACAGCUCCCCAGCUCCAGCUACAGGUCCCCAGCCUUAGCCCCAGCCCCAGCUACAGCUCCCCAGCCCCAGCUACAGCUCACCAUGCCCAGCUACAGCUCCCCAGCUACAGCCCCAGCUACAGCCCCCCAGCCCCAGCUACAGCUCCCCCGCCCCAGCUACAGCUCCCCAGCUCCAGCUACAGGUCCCCAGCCUUAGCCCCAGCCCCAGCUACAGCUCCCCAGCCCCAGCUACAGGUCCCCAGCCUUAGCCCCAGCCCCAGCUACAGCUCCCCAGCCCAAGCUACAGGUCCCCAUCCCCAGCUACAGGUCCCCAGCCCCAGCUACAAGUCCCCAGCCCUAGCUACAGCCCCAGCUACAGCUCCCCAGCCCCAGCUACAGCUCCCCAGCCUUAGCCCCAGCUACAGCCCCACAGCUUCUGCCCCAGCCCCAUGCAGUCCCGGCCCAGCACCAAGCCCCAGCCCAGGCUGCUUUGGUAGACCAGACCCCUGGUGA